AUGUUUCUGACCACCUUCGUGCACACAGCGCCUGCGGCCACCGUCAUCGUCGCCGCGCUGGGCCUCAGCUGGGGCGUCGCCUCGUGGGCGCCGUACACACUGAUCGGUGCCGAGAUUGUGGGGCUGCAGGCCGAUGCUGCAGUUCAGCAGGAGCGACAGCAGCAACGGCACUUGAUCUCUAGCAGCCCUUCUAAGGGCGCAAAGGAGCUGCAGGGUAGUGUUGGCAGUGAUGAUGGAGGAAUGCGGCGUUCCAGCGACGAGGAGAAUCGUGGCGGCGAGGAAGAUGGAGACGAGUAUGCGGACCUACACACGGCUACCAUCAUGGCGGUGCAUAACAUGGCCAUCUCCAUUCCCCAAAUCU